CCCUCCUUCCCAUCCCACCGCUUCCAAACGAGAAAUUAUUCGGUACAACCAUUCUAAUUACGUUUAGGGGACUGCUCCUCUCUCUACCGGUCUCUCUCUCUCUCACUCUCUCUCACACUCUCCUUCUAUAUAUAUAUAUCUAUUAUAGAUCUUAAUGACCACCGGAGACCUCCAUCCCUCCUAUUCGAGCAGCCAUUUCACUCCCCCAGUCUCUCUGUUAGCCGCCACCUCACAGUCCAACCCCUCAUCGCCAACCUUAUGACCUCUGCGGCCUCCCAAAAAAAACUCUCCACCCCACUCCUUGGGCCCUCCGAGGAUGACCACCCCUUGCCGCCGUCAUCACCAUCAAUGGACGGCGACAUCGACGAUCCCCACGGAUCGAGAGGCCGCCUCGAGAGCAUCCUCACCGACCCCUCGUUCCCACGGGCCCGCCGCCUCCAGCUCGCCACCAUCGUCGAGAUGAAGCUGCUCGUCCACCUCGCCGCCCCUACCGUGAUCGUCUACAUGCUCAACUACGUCAUGUCCAUGUCCACCCAGAUCUUCUCCGGUCAUCUCGGCAACCUCGAGCUCGCCGCCGCCUCCCUCGGCAACACCGGCAUCCAAGUCUUCGCCUACGGCCUCAUGCCAAUCCCAUCUCGUUAUGCCAUGACAGCUGGGCAUGGGGAGCGCCGUGGAGACGCUGUGCGGGCAGGCGUACGGCGCCCACAAGUACGGGAUGCUCGGAAUAUACCUUCAAAGGUCGACGAUACUCUUAAUGGCGACCGGCGUGCCGCUUGCGGUGAUCUAUGUCUUCUCCCGGCCGAUAUUGUUGCUCUUGGGACAGUCGUCGGAGAUUGCCACAGCCGCAUCCGUAUUCGUUUAUGGGCUAAUCCCGCAGAUAUUUGCAUAUGCUGCGAACUUUCCGAUCCAGAAGUUCUUGCAGGCGCAAAGCAUCGUGGCGCCGAGCGCCUACAUAUCGACGACGAUGUUGGCGGUGCACCUGCUGCUGAGCUGGUUGGUGGUCUACAAGCUGGGGUUGGGUCUUUUGGGGGCAUCCCUGAUGCUCAGCUUGAGCUGGUGGAUCAUGGUGAUCGCUCAGUUUGUGUACAUAGUUACGAGCCAGAAGUGCCGGUUCACUUGGACCGGGUUCAGCUGGCAGGCCUUCUCCGGGCUGUCGGAGUUCCUGAAGCUGUCCACCGCGUCGGCGGUGAUGCUAUGCCUGGAGACGUGGUACUACCAGAUCCUGGUGCUCAUCGCCGGCCUGCUGGAUAACCCCCAACUUGCCCUUGAUGCACUGUCCGUGUGUAUGACAAUCUCUGGGUUCGUGUUCAUGAUAUCUGUCGGGUUCAAUGCUGCCGCCAGCGUGCGUGUGAGCAAUGAGCUCGGAGCUGGCAAUCCAAAGUCGGCAGCGUUCUCGGUAGUGGUAGUGACAUCAUUGUCUUUUACAAUAGCAGUGAUAAUAGCGGUGGUCAUCCUCUGCAUUCGUGACUACCUCAGCUAUAUCUUCACAGAAGGAGAGACGGUGGCCCAUGCUGUUUCUGAACUUACCCCUCUACUUGCCAUCACCCUUAUCCUCAAUGGCAUCCAACCCGUCUUGUCUGGUGUUGCUGUUGGCUGUGGAUGGCAAGCGUUUGUCGCUUACGUUAAUGUUGCUUGCUAUUAUAUCGUUGGCGUCCCCCUUGGCGCUCUUCUUGGUUUCAAGUUUAACUUGGGAGCAAAGGGAAUAUGGUCUGGUAUGAUUGGGGGAACAUUGAUGCAGACUCUCAUCCUGAUAUGGGUCACUUUCAGGACUGACUGGAACAAAGAGGUGAAUGAAGCCAUAAAAAGAUUGAACAAGUGGGAAGACAAGAAGAAGCCCCUUCUAGCUGAUCAGGAGUAGCAAAUAGAUGCUAGAGACUUAAUUUAGUAUAGCUCUUAAGCUAUACAUCACCACCAUGUUCUGGCAUCAUCUUUAUCUCUGGAUCACAUGAUCUAGGAUGCCAAUGAUCUCCAAUAUAUAUUUACAUGUGAGGGGGUAUGGAGUCAUGAUGGGAAGCAUAUGGGAAGGUCCAUGUAAUGCAGCCGCAAAGAUAACUGCACAAGUUUUUAUCUGUAAUUUUUAAUGUCAAUUUGCUUUAUCGAA